AUGGAUGAGGGAUGGCUGCUGCGUGAGAAGCACCACUCGGGCAGACUCUAUGACUGCCAGCUGGGUACAGAGCGAGAGAAGUAUGAUUUCGAAUCAGUGUGGGUGUCAGAGCGAGUGGAAAGUUGGACGGUUCAUAGGGGUAUAUACUUGCUCAACACGGCACCAGAACAACACCUGCCGUCCGCACGUCUCUGCACACCGCUUUUUCAACAUCUCGAUACAGCAUCUCCGAUGGCAACCCUCUUUCUCCUUGUCACGCCGUGUAUCGCUCUAAUGGCCCCUCUUAUCAAUCCAGCCAUCAGCAUUCUGGCUGUGCUAGCACUUACUGUCAUGCUGAGCGUCGCUUUGACAGCUCUCUUCCUUUGGACGUGGAACACGGGAGACCACGAUGAAAACGAAGCCGUCGCCGACGACGCAACGAACAUCGUCCGUACGGCUUUGGCGGCGCUGGCCAGAGAUCCAGGAGCGACGUCUGCGUCUUUCCGCGUGGUGAAUGGCGUGGUGGUGCAUCGAGAUCCUACGGCUGGUGUUCCAAACGGUGGAGACGGACCUGCGAAUGGGGUUCGGUCGGAAGAAGUGGGUUCAGGGAGCCAGGAUUUUUCGGGGACGCACGGACGAGAAAUGGAGUCUUAG